GUGGGCCGAGACCGUGCGGGGCUCGCGUCCAGGUGCACCGUCUUCCGGGCCGGGCUCGGUGGCCCAGCGUCACCCUCCCCUGAGGCUCGGGACCCAGGCGGGCGGGCGCCCCGGGUUUCGGAAGAGAAAGAGGUCGUGUCUGGAAAGGAAGGCCGUUGCGUCCGUUCCAUUUUGCCGCUGCGGCGUUUGGGAAGAGAGGGGAGAGACUAGGUGUCAGCUUAGCGGCGUUGUCAGUGCUCUGACUGCAGUUGCUGAAGUUCACGGGCAUGGGAGCCGGGGUGCAGCGCCCGCGAGUUUCCGCGGAAGAGGUGUCGCUGGAGAACAGUCCAGAUGGAGUUUUAACAUUGAAUGCGGAGAACACUAAUUAUGCCUAUCAAGUUCCAAACUUCCAUAAAUGUGAAAUCUGUCUGCUAUCUUUUCCAAAAGAGUCCCAGUUUCAACGCCACAUGAGGGAUCACGAGCGAAAUGACAAGCCACAUCGAUGUGACCAGUGCCCCCAAACCUUUAAUGUUGAGUUCAACUUGACACUUCACAAAUGUACCCACAAUGGGGAGGAUCCCACCUGUCCCGUGUGUAACAAGAAAUUCUCCAGAGUGGCUAGUCUCAAAGCACAUGUUAUGCUGCAUGAGAAGGAAGAGAACCUCAUCUGCUCUGAGUGUGGGGAUGAGUUCACCCUGCAGAGCCAGCUGGCCAUACACAUGGAGGAGCACCGCCAGGAGCUGGCUGCGAACCGGACUCACGCCUGCAAGGCCUGCAGGAAGGAGUUCGAGACGUCAUCACAGCUGAAGGAGCACAUGAAGACUCAUUAUAAAAUUAGAGUGUCAAGUACAAGGUCUUAUAAUCGGAACAUCGACAGGAGUGGAUUCACGUAUUCAUGCCCACACUGUGGAAAGACGUUCCAAAAGCCAAGUCAGUUAACUCGGCAUAUUAGGAUACACACAGGUGAAAGACCAUUUAAAUGUAGCGAAUGUGGAAAAGCUUUUAACCAGAAGGGGGCGCUGCAAACUCACAUGAUUAAGCAUACAGGUGAAAAACCCCACGCCUGUGCCUUUUGUCCUGCCGCUUUUUCUCAGAAAGGGAAUCUCCAGUCACACGUACAGAGAGUUCACUCAGAGGUCAAGAGUGGCCCUACCUAUAAUUGUACAGAAUGUAGUUGUGUAUUUAAAAGUUUAGGUAGCUUGAACACUCAUAUCAGCAAGAUGCAUAUGGGUGGGCCACAGAAUUCAACAAGUGCCGCAGAGACUGCUCACGUGUUAACGGCCACGCUGUUUCAGACUUUACCUCUUCAGCAGACGGAAGCCCAGGUCGCGUCUGCUCCGAGUCAGCAGAGUUCCCAGGCGGUGGCCGAUGUCAUCCAGCAGCUGCUGGAGCUGUCAGAGCCGGGGCCUGCGGGGUCCAGCCAGCCGCCUCAGGCUGGCCAGCAGCUGAGCAUCACGGUGGGGGUCAGCCAGGACAUCCUGCAGCAAGCCUUAGAAAACAGUGGGCUGUCUUCAAUUCCAGUUGCAGCGCAUCCCAGCGACCCCAGCCACGCCAAGGCCGCGGCCGCUCAGGGCCAGACUCCAGACGCUCCCAACGUUUCAAGGGAGCCAGCUGACCCUACGGCCGCAGAGCGAGAAGAAGAACAGGAGACCCCAGAGAAGUUGGAUAAAAAAGAAAAAAAGAUUAUAAAGAAGAAAUCGCCGUUUCUACCUGGGUCGAUCCGCGAGGAGAACGGUGUGCGAUGGCACGUGUGUCCCUACUGCACCAAGGAGUUCCGCAAGCCCAGCGACCUGGUGCGCCACAUCCGCAUCCACACCCACGAGAAGCCCUUCAAGUGCCCACAGUGCUUCCGGGCCUUCGCCGUGAAGAGCACGCUGACGGCCCACGUCAAAACGCACACGGGCAUCAAGGCGUUCAAGUGCCAGUGCUGCAUGAAGAGCUUCUCCACCUCGGGAAGCCUCAAGGUGCACAUUCGCCUGCACACAGGAGUCAGACCUUUUGCUUGUCCUCACUGUGACAAGAAAUUUCGAACCUCAGGCCACAGGAAGACUCACAUUGCUUCUCACUUUAAACACACGGAGUUAAGAAAGAUGAGGCACCAGCGUAAACCUGCAAAGGUUCGUGUUGGCAAGGCGAACGUUCCAGUCCCCGACAUUCCUUUGCAGGAGCCGAUCCUCAUAACAGACGUAGGUCUUAUCCAGCCCAUUCCAAGAAACCAGCUUUUUCAAAGUUAUUUUAAUAAUAAUUUUGUAAAUGAAGCAGAUAGACCAUACAAGUGUUUUUACUGUCAUCGUGCCUAUAAAAAAUCUUGCCAUCUUAAACAACACAUCAGAUCACAUACAGGUGAAAAGCCUUUUAAAUGUUCUCAGUGUGGAAGAGGCUUUGUUUCUGCAGGAGUGCUCAAAGCACACGUCCGAACGCACACUGGACUUAAAUCUUUCAAGUGUCUGAUAUGUAAUGGAGCUUUCACUACUGGUGGUAGCUUACGGCGACAUAUGGGCAUCCAUAACGACCUUCGUCCCUAUAUGUGUCCCUAUUGCCAGAAAACAUUUAAGACCUCACUAAAUUGCAAAAAGCACAUGAAAACCCAUAGAUUUGAGCUUGCCCAGCAGCUCCGGCAGCACCAGCAGGCCUGCCCGAUAGAUGACGGCGCCGUGGACCAGCAGGGCAUGCACGUGCCCACCCAGGUGCAGGUGGAGAUUGAGAACGCCGCGCUGCAGCCGACCGCUGAGGCCGUGGCCGACCACCCUGGGGCCGUGCUGGACCUGGGGCCGCCCGCCGGCGUGGAGGCGGGGCUCGGCCAGCAGAUGGCGGGUCAGCCUUUGGAAGCAGAUGAAGGUUUUACAGUGACUGAUGCAUACAAUCAACAGACUCAGUUUCCACCCGUCCAACAGUUACAAGAUUCUAGCACACUGGAGUCUCAAGCCCUGUCCACGAGCUUCCAUCAGCAGAACUUACUUCCGGUUCCUAGCUCUGAUACCAUUAAUGUAGCAAGUCGUUUGAUUCAGGAGUCAUCCCAGCAGGAGCUGGAGCUGCAGGCGCCACGUCCCCCGUUCCUAGAGGACAGCGAGGAGCAGAGCCGGCGCUCCUACAGAUGUGACUAUUGCAACAAAGGCUUUAAGAAGUCCAGCCACUUGAAGCAGCACGUGCGGUCACACACCGGGGAGAAGCCCUACAAGUGCAAGCUCUGUGGACGUGGCUUCGUUUCCUCUGGGGUCCUCAAGUCCCACGAGAAGACACACACAGGAGAAAAGGCGUUCAGCUGCAGCGUCUGCAACGCUUCCUUCACAACCAACGGCAGCCUCACCAGGCACACGGCCACGCACAUGAGCAUGAAGCCCUACAAGUGUCCGUUUUGCGAGCAGGGCUUCCGAACCACAGUUCAUUGUAAAAAGCACAUGAAGAGGCACCAGACAGUCCCCUCGGCUGGGUCAGCACCGGGAGAGGCAGAAGGAGGAGAGAUGGGUCUGGAGGAAGAGGAAGACAGUUCUGAAAGAAAUGUGUCUAGAAAGGCUCGUCCCGAGGUCAUCACCUUCACAGAGGAGGAGACGGCGCAGCUGGCCAAGAUUCGGCCGCAGGAAAGUGCCACCGUCUCAGAGCAGGUGCUGGUGCAGUCGGCCGCCGAGAAGGACCGCAUCAGCGAGAUGAAGGACAGGCAGGCAGAGCUGGAGGCCGAGCCCAAGCACGCCAACUGCUGCUCCUACUGCCCCAAGAGCUUCAAGAAGCCCAGCGACCUGGUCAGGCAUGUUCGAAUCCACACUGGAGAAAAGCCAUAUAAAUGCGAUGAAUGUGGGAAGAGUUUCACUGUUAAAUCUACCCUAGACUGCCAUGUGAAGACUCACACAGGUCAGAAGCUCUUCAGCUGCCACGUCUGCAGCAACGCCUUCUCCACCAAGGGGAGCCUGAAGGUCCACAUGCGUUUGCACACAGGAGCAAAGCCGUUCAAGUGUCCCCACUGUGAGCUGCGUUUCCGCACGUCUGGGCGGAGGAAGACUCACAUGCAGUUUCACUACAAACCGGACCCCAAGAAAGCCAGGAAGCCCGGGCCCCGGGGGCCGCCGGAAGGGCCGCAGCCCGUGAGCGCGCCCCCUCCGCCCUCCUCCGACCCCAGCGUGUUCAUCAUGAACAGCCCCGUGCUGGCGGGGCAGCUGGACCAGAGUCUGCUGCAGCAGGGCCUGCUGGGCCAGGCCGUCCUUCCCGCCUCCGUGUCCGCUGGUGGCGACUGGACAGUGUCUUUGACAGAUGGGAGCCUGGCCACCCUCGAGGGCAUACAGUUACAGUUGGCUGCUAACUUGGUUGCGCCCAGUGUUCAAAUCUCUGGGAUCGACGCUUCCAGCAUUAAUAACAUCACGCUACAGAUUGACCCAAGCGUCCUGCAGCAGACACUACAGCAGGGUAACCUGCUUGCUCCGCAGCCGACCUCGGAGCCUGGCCUGGCCCCGCAGCACAGCUCCCUUCAGACACCAGACAGUACAGUACCGGCCAGCGUGGUCCUCCAGCCCAUCUCAGGCCUGUCCUUGCAGCCCACGGUGACGUCUGCCAACCUGACCAUAGGCCCGCUCUCGGAGCAGGAUUCCGUGCUGACCACCAGCAGCAGUGGGACGCAAGACCUCUCUCAGGUGAUGACAUCACAAGGCCUGGUGUCCACCUCCAGUGGCCCCCACGAGAUCACCCUGACCAUUAACAACUCGAGCCUGAGCCAGGUGCUGGCGCAGGCUGCUGGGCCCACCGCUGCGUCGUCCUCGGGGUCGCCGCAGGAAAUUACCCUGACCAUCUCCGGUCAAGAUCUUAUACAGCACAGUUCUAAUGGAAGUAGUGAACUGAACGGAAGCAUAAGAUUAUCAGCACCUGCAAUCAAUAAUCAAUCUACGGGUGCCACCUUGACCAUAAGCAAUGAUCAACUUCUCUCACAGAGUGCAACAUUAAACGCUUCAGAACUUAAUGCCACAGCUGGAAGCCUGCCUUUGACGACACCCAUGUCCCCGUCUGCCACAUCUGCCCAGAACCUGGUCAUGUCCUCAUCGGGAGUGGGGGGAGAGGCCAGCGUCACGCUGACCCUGGCUGACACUCAGGGUUUGCUCUCCGGGGGGCUGGACACGGUCACGCUCAACAUCGCUUCUCAGGGUCAGCAGUUCCCAGCCUUGCUCACGGACCCCGCUCUCUCGGGCCCUGGGGGUGCGGGCUCGCCCCAGGUCAUUCUGGUGAGCCCCACUCCACAGCCGUCGGCAGCCUGUGAAGAAAUCACCUAUCAGGUGACGGACGUGUCUCCUAACCUGGCCCAGGGUGGGCAGCCCGAGAAGGAGGGCCGGCUGCACCAGUGCCUGGAGUGUGGCCGCACCUUCGCCUCGGCCGCCCUGCUGCUGCACCACAGCAAGGAGAUGCACGGCCGGGAGCGCAUCCACGUCUGCCCCGUGUGCAGGAAGGCCUUCAAGCGCGCCACGCACCUCAAGGAGCACAUGCAGACACAUCAAGCCGGUCCUUCCUUGAGCUCUCAGAAGCCGAGGGUGUUCAAAUGUGACACUUGUGAGAAGGCCUUUGCCAAACCAAGCCAGCUGGAGCGACACAGCCGCAUCCACACAGGGGAGCGGCCAUUCCACUGCACCCUCUGCGAGAAGGCCUUCAACCAGAAGAGUGCACUGCAGGUGCACAUGAAGAAGCACACGGGGGAGCGGCCCUACCGGUGCAACUACUGCGUCAUGGGCUUCACGCAGAAGAGCAACAUGAAGCUGCACAUGAAGCGGGCCCACAGCUAUGCGGGAACCUUGCAGGAGCCCGGCGGCGCCCAGGAGCACGGAGGGGAGGUGCUGAGCCGCGUUCUCCACCUGGACGAGGUGGUGCCCGAACCCGCGAGCGAGUGGCAGACCCUGGCCAACGUGUUCUGACGCAGCCCGACCCCGAGGACGUUUCCAGAGCGAAAUGUGGAGAAGAACAAAGCACUUGGGAUUUCUAUUUUGAAGCCGCAAGUGUUAAAAAUGUUACCACAAUAGCUAUAAAAUUUUUAGCUAUAAAAUUAUCUAAAGAAUCAUUGACUUUCAGAGACUUCAGGAAGAAAGCUGGGAAAGAUGGAAGCACGUUGCUGUCGUUCAUCUGCAAAUCACUGAACUCAGGUACUACAUCAGCAGUCUCACCUACUCCGUGGCCAGUGCGUCUAGUUAAAAAGAAAUUAACUGGAUCUUACUCUCAUUGUAGUGUGAUUUCUUUGUAUUAGCAAAGACAGAAGUUAACGUGGAAAAACCCAGAUAGGUUUUCCUUCAUGCUUUCUGUUAUAAGAAGCAUAGCUCAUGAAACAAACAUAAGAUAGGUGCAUGAAGUUCGGAAAAAAUGUUACAACACGCAGGGAAGUUUUUUCCAUCUUCUUCUCUGUGAAUUUUGAAAUUAGUAGAAAUUGACUCUAAUUUUUAGUCUACCAUAAGUUAAUGUAACUAGUACCUUGAGAGAUGGCUGGACCAGUUCUCUCUCCAUUACAAAUAUCUAAUCAUUAGUGACAGGAAUGCAGCGUCUGGGGCGUACACCCGGGGAGUAGAGCAAGCCUGACACACAGGUGAGGAUCCAGCUGUCCGCGCGGGCUGAUGCCACUCGCGCUGCCCGAGCUGAUACCCGGGUACACGGGUUGGCUACCGCAGAAAGCACAAGCCAUGCGCUGCAGGUCAGAAAUCACAGAAUGGUCUCCUGGGAACAAAGGGACUGCAGCCCUGUCCGCCUCAGUAAUUAAGAGCGUAUUUGUACUUUGAGGGUAAGAACCUGUACGAGCCCCGUGGUUUUCUCUUCGUGCAUAAGCAGGUGUAUUUUUUAUUUCAGGGAAUUCUUUAGUAUCAUCAAUGGUGCCACGUUGAACAUGUCCCAAACCAAAUCCUACCCCGCACUGGGGCAGAGUGUGUGUCGUUCCCACAGCAUUCCAAAGACGGAAACUUCUUUACUUCAUGUGAAUCUCUCCUUUGAAAUUAUUUAUAUGUUCUAUAUAUAAAUACAUAUGUACAUAUACGGAUAUAUGGGCCUCUGUGUGGCCGAACAGUAUAUUUUGUAAAUAAGCACUAGUCCCAGUUACAGAGAGAGCGACAGAGUUUUUACCUCCCAACGAGCACUUCAGAUCAGUAUUGUAUUCGUUUUAUUAAUAAAUGGAUAUCCUUGUCAUUGUGACAUAAAGCUGGGGUUGGUUUUUUGUUUUUGUUUUUCCUGAAAAAUAAUCGCCUUUAUUUUCUCUCUCAUUGCCUCGCUGGUUUCAGAAGAGAGCAGUUUUAUUAUAUAAAUAUUGUAUGGACUUUGUAUAUUAAGAGAGGAGCUCAUUUCAGAUUCCUGAAGAGACAUUUCACUGUUAUUUUUUGAAGGGGCAUCUUUUGAUUUUUUGUUGUUGUUCACGCUUCUGGCAUAUGUAUAUAAGUAAUAUUGAUAGUGAUAUAAAACCUUUUGUUAUGUGAAAAUAUUUAAGUCAGAAAACUGUUAAAUAAUAUUACUUUU